AUGUUUUCAGAAUAUGCGUCACGGUUUCUUGCACAGUCCCAGUCGAGGAUUGGCUUCGCUCCCGAUAGCGCUCAGAACACGCGUGACCGCCAGAGACGGCCAAACCAGUCGUUCUCAAGGUUCCCAGCCUCGAGAUCCUACCUCAACCGUGGGCUGGGAAACCCGUACAACCAAGCCGGCUCCUCACAUCUACAACUUCCCUUCGGUCGGGGUUCCACGCAAGCUCCACUCUUCUACAGCACCACCGAUCAGUUCCGGGAGGAGGAUGAUGAACAAGAGCAUGAGCGGGAGAUAGCGGAUUACUUCGCUCUCCAGCGAUCUCGGAGGAACUUUGGUGCCAUCCAGAUGGAGGAAUCAUCGGAGCUAGAAGGGGGGGAGGAAGGGAACGAUAGCACCGAGCAUGCAGAUGGCUUUGGCCAAGGGAGGGGAAUCAGAAGCUCCUGGCGUGGAGGCAAUGCCAGCGGCGAGCCUUCCCGGAGGACAGGAGUGGAAACAUUGCAUGAGCAGAAGGAGGAAGACGACGACGCGCGAUCUGCGAGCAGUAAAGGAAAAGGAAAAAUGGUUGACGUGCGCCUGGAAGAUUCGGUGCCAAACGAUAUGGUUAACCUAGACAAUGGAUUACACUCCGAAUUUCACGAUGACAAUCCUCCGGCUGUCCAGCAGUUCCGACGGUCGCCCUUCGCAAACGAUAGUUUUCAGGCCAGCUCGUCAUUCAUACCCCGCGAAACAGACAAGCAGACUCUAUUAGAUCAUCCUCAACCCCCUAGCCCCGGGCAGUCGGAGGCACCACGGUCGGUGGCGUACGACGCAGAACCUCCCAUGCAUGAUGCUUUUUGGGGACAUUUGUUUUUACUAUCUCUAGCCGGCCUUUUUGCGUCGUCGUUGAUGGUAUAUCUUCAUACGUCAGAGCCGUCAGGAAAGCCCGGACUUGGUGAUACGAUAUAUUCGACCCUUCACGCAUCUUUCUAUCUUCUCGGGACCUAUACGCUCGUUUCUAUAUUCGUGUCGCUGCUGUGGCUUGCGCUUCUCAAAUCAUACGUUCGACCGUUGGUUUACGCAAUGUUAAUUGCUGUUCCGGUCAUAUUAUAUUCAUUUGCUCUCUAUUCAUUCGUCUCUAGUUUCAAAGGCUCGUGGCAUGGUGCAAGCGUGCAAGAUAAAGUGAUGCGGUGGGGAUCGUUGGUUCCGGCGAUCAUGGCAACGGCGUGGGUGUAUUCCGCGGUCAAAGGUCGCCAUUCCACUGGAAAGGCAAUCAGCAUCUUGGAAUUUUCGUGCCGGAUCCUUAGCGCCAACUCCCCGUUGCUUAUCGUGGGCCUUGCGACUCUGGCACUCAUUGCUGCGUGGACAUGGGCAUGGAUUCUGAUGUUCACUCGGGUAUUCCUUGGAGGCCACUUGAGCAAGACAAAGUCUAUAUUUAUAAUCAACCCUGAGAGUUGGUGGUUAGGCGCAUACUUCAUUCUGAUCUACCUCUGGUCUCUCGGGGUCAUUGCCGGAAUUCAACGAUCUGUGACCGCUGCCACUGUCAGCCAAUGGUAUUUCCAUCGCCUCGCGGUUCCAUCGAUAACCCCUCGCCAAAUAGUGCCUGCAGCGCUCUCGUUUUCCUUGACGACAAUGUUUGGGACCAUUUGCCUCUCCACGUUCCUCUCCCUUCUCAUCCGUCUCCCUUUAAUCAUCCUGCCACGACGUCUGUCCUCCUUGUUAUCCCUGGCAGCCUACUCGAUCAUCCCCACGCCAAUUGCGGCUUUGACAAACCCGUUAACAUUGACCUACGCUUCUAUUUUCACUCAACCCUUAACUCCAUCGGCUAGAACUCUUAGCCAACUCACCUUCCUUGCACCUUCAUCCGCGGCAACGACCAUCCAUCCCCGUUCGUUCUCCAGCAACUCCAGACACGAAGCACCCACACUAGUCCCGUAUCGCCUUGCCAAACUCCUCCUCCAUGCCACGCGCUUUAUAAUGUCGCUUGCACUGGGCUUUGCAGGCUGGGUCUCAAGUGCUCGAAAGCUGCAAGUAUCUGAUGGGAGCAGCACCGUCCGUGGCAGCUUAUACGCGUACGUUGUGGGCAUGCUCGCCGGGGCGCUUGGAUGGGGAGUGUUAGCAGCGAUGGAAGGGGUAUUGGCGUGCGUUUUGGAUGCAGCGGUGGUUUGCUGGGCGACAGAGGUAGGGACAACACGCAGGGAGGUUAAGUAUUGCCGGGAAGCUGGGUGGCUGUUCGGAGGAGAAAGGGAACGCCACAGAGAGGAGGUGUAG